AUGGUGCCAUCUCCACACCCUUUGCAGGCAGCUGACACCGUUGUACGGGGACAGGAUGGGGACAGUGAACAGGGCUUGUCCCCGGGUGUCUCCAGCUUGGAGAAGUUGGCAGGACGGGUGACUUUUGCCGGAGCCAAGCGCUUGCGCCUGGCAGGAGCCAUCAUGGGCAGGAUGUCGAGCAGCUUUAGGGAGAGUGAGGCCCAUCAGUUUCUGUUGUUCAACAUCACCUCCAAGUACAGUGAGGUCUUAGAGGAAGUGCCGAAGAACAAGUUGCAGCCUGGGGACAUCCUGCUCUUCCCCUUGGACAGCAAAUAUGGCAGAGCCAGCGGCAGCCUCAAGCACGCAGCAGUCUACUGUGGGGAUGGAGAAGUCAUACACUUCCAAGAUAGAGGAAGGGGGAAGAGUGGUCUGAUCCUCAAGGAGGGCUUCCGAGUCAUGAAAAUGGAGAGGAAGGAAUACCAGGUUUAUCGCAAAAAAGGUGGGAUCAACCUCAAUGACUUCCGUGUUAAGGUCAGGAAGGCGAUGAACAGCCAAGCCAAGUAUAGUCUGCGGAAAAACAACUGCAUCCACUUUGCCCUCUUCCUCGUGGGCUUGGCGGACUUCGACAUGAAAGAGCCUUCCUCCGCCUCUGACGUGCACCCAGAAGGACGUGACACGAGAUUGCCUCCAGCCCCUGCUGACCCAUCCUCCCCGCUGCAUUUCCCACAGCCCGUGGUGGAGAUACCACAGCCCGGCUCUCGCACCGGCUCCGGCCCAGCAGAAACAAGGAAAAGUAGCAUGAGUAGCACGAUGUCGAGCAGCUUUAGGGAGAGUGAGGCCCAUCAGUUUCUGUUGUUCAACAUCACCUCCAAGUACAGUGAGGUCUUAGAGGAAGUGCCGAAGAACAAGUUGCAGCCUGGGGACAUCCUGCUCUUCCCCUUGGACAGCAAAUAUGGCAGAGCCAGUGGCAGCCUCAAGCACGCAGCAGUCUACUGUGGGGAUGGAGAAGUCAUACACUUCCAAGAUAGAGGAAGGGGGAAGAGUGGUCUGAUCCUCAAGGAGGGCUUCCGAGUCAUGAAAAUGGAGAGGAAGGAAUACCAGGUUUAUCGCAAAAAAGGUGGGAUCAACCUCAAUGACUUCCGUGUUAAGGUCAGGAAGGCGAUGAACAGCCAAGCCAAGUAUAGUCUGCGGAAAAACAACUGCAUCCACUUUGCCCUCUUCCUCGUGGGCUUGGCGGACUUCGACAUGAAAGAGGUGGAAACCCCUGACGAAGAUUACAGCUACAGCGAUGGGGCCGUGAGUAUCCCUGGUGUCAGCCCUCCCCAGCACGGCUGUGGGGUUCUCGGGAGGACUUGGUGUCCCAAUGAGGGCUGGGUCCCCAAGAGGACUUUGGGGUGCCCACGAGGCCUGAGUCUCAAAGAGGAGUGGGGACUCUGGGUGGGCUGCAGAGUCCCCAGGAGGCCUGUGGGCCUCCCAAGGGAGCUGGGGUGUCUCCGAAGCUGGAGUCCCCAAACAAGGCUGGAGUCCCCAAACAGGGCUGAG